AUGUCAAAUUCAAAACGUGCAUCAGAAGAUAAUAGAUCGAAAAAAUAUAAUGAUUACAGUUUACAAUUUAGUCGAUGGUUUCUCAAGUCAAUUGGUGCGUGGCCACAAAUAAGUGCACCGAGUCUAAGGUGCAAAAUCAUGAUAUUACUGCAAAUUUUCAUUUGUUCAAGCAUAAUAGCGGUCACAACGGUACCGUGUUUCUUCUACGUGUUAUUUGAAGCAGAGAAUAUGAAGAAAAAACUGAGUUCUCUAGGACCAUUCAUCAACAGAUUUAUGAGCACGAUGCAUUACUGGGUGUUGCUGAAACGUAGCAAUGACAUACACAAAUUAAUACAACAUAUGGAGAAAGACUGGAGUCUCGUGCAAAAGAUCGAUCAUGAAGUGAUGCUGCAACAUGCGAAGUUCGGCCGUUUCGUCACUGUAAUCUGUGGGAUAAUGAUGCAGGGUGCUUGCCUAUUGUUCGGCUUAUUGCAAUCGAUAAAAACUGUUAACAUCGUUAUCGGCAACGAGACUUUUACAUCGCAUCCACAGACGUGUCCAAUUUAUAGUAAAAUCAUCGAUACGAGAUUUACCCCUCUGAAUGAAAUCGCGUUGGUUCUGCAAAACCUGGUAAUAUUAGUGAUAAGUUUCUGUACUGCCGGUGGUUGCAGUCUGGCUGCUGUCUUCGCGAUACAUGCUUGUGGUCAAUUAAACGUGCUGUACGUGUGGCUACAUAAAUUAGUUGAAAAUCAAACGGAAAAAAAUGAUAAAGCUGAACAAAAACUGGCUGCUAUCGUAGAACAUCAUCUAAGAAUAUUGAGUUUUGUAUCACAAUUAGAAAGUAUUAUGCAUAAACCAGCUUUUGUGGAAUUAACGGGGUGCACUGCAAUAUUGUGCUUGCUUGGAUAUUACACUGCAACGAGUUGGGAAACACUUGAUAAGACAAGACUAACAUCUUAUCUUUUUCCAUAUUUAUCAACAAGUUUCAAUAUUUUUAUAUUCUGCUACAUCGGAGGCAUUGUCACAGAACAGUGCAAACUUGUCGGAGAAAUGGCAUAUAUGACUAAUUGGUAUAAUCUACACCACACAACUGCACGUGGUCUCAUUCUGAUUAUUGCCCGAUCGAAUAACGUAGUUAAGAUAACAGCAGGAAAAUUAUUCCAUUUAUCCAUCGCUACUUUUGGUGAUGAAGUAUUAGCAUAUCCUGAAAAUAAUAUUUAA